AUGCAGCUAUCCAUCAUUGGUACACUCCUCGCAGUGGCGAUCGCCCCCGCGGCUGCCACCGACGGACUCACCUUCGAAAUCUUCUUCACCCCCGGCAGCGUCCCCACCACCCAACACUGCACACCCAACGGCGUCCAAACUCUCACCGAGACAGUGACCAAUGGCGGAUGUCAAUCAUGGGCAUUCCAGUUUGGAGAUGCCGUCAAGUUGACGCCUGGACAGACCAUUCCGAAGUCUCUGCAGACCAAUGCUGAGCAGACGUGCACGAUCUAUUAUGUUCAGCAGGCGGGAGAUGCGCCUUCGAGGCAUUGCACAGAUGUCGUUUUGGGGACGACGGCGGAUUUGACUGAUGAGUGCUAUGUUGCGCCUCCGGGAACAUAUGGGCUGAACAUUGUGUGUGCAAAGAUUUGA